UAUGUUUGGGGGUGCCACACUCUUUGUUUACUGCUGUUUUUUGGCCAUCAUGUUUUCCGUCUGUCACCAUAUUCAUUUUUUUUUUGUCAUCCUGUUUUGGAAAAACGUUCAAAUGAACUCCAGAGUCAAAAGCGUGUCAUUCAAGAGAUGAAGACGCGUUGUUAUCCCUCCAGCGACCAAAAAAGGGCGGGGAAGUCACAACAUCAAGAUCUUUACCUCAACCCCAGGAUGACCGCAAUGAAGCCAAUCACUGUAAGAACGCGUGGACAGUGCUGUGGGUGUCAGGACUCCUCCGAAGCCGCUCUUUCUCAGCACAGCACAACCGACAAGAAGAGCAGGAAGAAAGAAAAAAAAAAGGGAAGCUUUUCUUCUCUCCUUCAACUCCGACCUGCGGCGUUUGCAGCCCGGGCUCGGUUCGGCGUGGAUCGGCGCGCCGCCGCGCUGGAAUAACGGGACCACAUGCCACGGAAGGGGAUGGACUUAAAGUAGAUGAUUGAGCGAAUGGAUGACCCCCCAGCCGCUGACCUUACAGAGUCAACACGGGAGCAGAGCAAAGCGUCAUGGGAUUUUGCCGCACGUCGAUGGAUUCAUGAAAUCAAGACGGAAGAGGAUCAAUUUACUGAGCAACACGGCCUCCACGGACUCGCUUUUUCUUCAGAAUGAUCCGGGGGCUAUUUCCGUCCUGAAGGUUCUGACUCCAGCAUGACGCUCACCAAACGGAGGAGGACCUUGGCGCUGCUUUUUUGCGCCGUUACCUUCACCACAUUCCUGUUCAAUUACACCUUCCGGGACCCCUCCAGCUACUUGUACAAGUACACCUUCCGCUUGUCGGCGUCUUCCAAGGGGCCGUGUGCGUGUCGGCACUGCGUAACCGAGCGGGACGAGGACGACGUCUGGUUCACGGAGCGCUUCAACCUGUCGGUACACCCGCUCAUGACCAGGGACAACAGCGCCCUCUCUGACGACACCUUUAAAUGGUGGCAGUGGCUGCAGGCGGAGAGCCACCCGGCAAACUUCAGCGAGGUGGUGGACGAGCUUUUCCAAGUCAUUCCCGAUGAGGUGCUCUACAUGGACGCCGGGCCGGAGCGCUGCCGCACCUGCGCCGUGGUGGGGAACUCGGGCAACCUGAAAGGAUCCCAGUAUGGCGGCCUCAUCGACUCCAGUCAUUUCAUUAUAAGAAUGAACCAAGCUCCCACGGCUGGUUUUGAGGAGGACGUGGGCGCCAGGACCACGCAUCACGUGCUGUAUCCCGAAAGCGCCACGGACCUGGACAACGCCACCAACCUGGUGCUCGUGCCCUUCAAGACGCUGGACCUGCAGUGGGUCGUCAGCGCCCUGACCACGGGCACGGUCAAAUACACAUAUGUUCCUGUGAUGAACAGGAUAAAGGCCAACAAAGAUAAGGUGUUGAUAUACAACCCGACGUUUUUUAAGUACGUCUACGAGUCUUGGCUGGAGGGACAUGGACGCUAUCCUUCCACUGGCUUCCUCAGCUUGAUGCUGGCCGUCCACAUAUGUGAUGAGGUGAACGUGUUUGGCUUUGGCGCAGACCAGGACGGCAACUGGCACCACUACUGGGAGGACAAUCUUCUGGCCGGCGCUUUUAGACACACGGGCGUCCACGAUGGAGAUUUUGAAUAUAACGUCACGCAGCUUUUGGCAGACAAACACAAAAUCCGAAUGUUUAAAGGUAGAUGAUGCCUGGCGCCAUUUGUGCUGUUGGAUGACCACCAAAUGAACCAGGGGGGGGGGGGGAAGAAUGUUCCACUUUAGUGGAUGAGCUCUGGAGGUUGUUUUGUUUUUCACUUCUGCUAUAUCGCCAACCGAACAGCUUUGCCUCCAUUGUGUGCCAAACCAUGUCAGAAUCAUACAACUACCUACAAAUCCAAACCAAUCAAGAACCUGAUAUUGAUGCUCAUUAUGUUUAUUUUCAUAUAUGUGUGAGUUCAGAUCUUGUCACUGCUGUAAAUACCACUUAAAGGGGAACAUUAUCACAAUUUCAGAAUUGUUAAAACCAUUAAAAAUCAGUUCCCAGUGGCUUAUUAUAUUUUUCGAAGUUUUUUUCAAAAUUUUACCCAUCACGCAAUAUCCCUAAAAAAAAAAGCUUCAAAGUACCUGAUUUUAACCACCCGUCCAUUUUCCUGUGACGUCACAUAGUGAAGCCAACACAAACAAACAUGGCGGAAAGAACAGCAAGCUAUAGCGACAUUAGCUCGGAUUCAGACUCGGAUUUCAGCGGCUUAAGCGAUUCAACAGAUUACGCAUGUAUUGAAACGGAUGGUUGUAGUGUGGAGGCAGGUAGCGAAAACGAAAUUGAAGAAGAUACUGAAGCUAUUGAGCCAUAUCGGUUUGAACCGUAUGCAAGCGAAACGGACGAAAACGACACGACAGCCAGCGACACGGGAGAAAGCCUGGACGAAUUUGGCGAUCGCCUUUUAACCAACGAUUGGUAUGUGUUUGUUUGGCAUUAAAGGAAACUAACAACUAUGAACUAGGUUUACAGCAUAUGAAAUACAUUUGGCAACAACAUGCACUUUGAGAGUGCAGAUAGCCCAAUUUUCAUCAAUUAAUAUAUUCUGUAGACAUACCCUCAUCCGCGCUCUUUUCCUGAAAGCUGAUCUGUCCAGUUUUGGAGUUGAUGUCAGCAGGCCAGGGAAGCUAGGGUCGAUAUUCUUCUCUUGAUCAUCUUGGGUGACAUAAGGGACAGUGUGAGCCAAGACAUCCAGGGGGUUUAGCUCGCUCGUCUGCGGGAACAAACUGCCGCCAUUGCUUGCCGUGCUACCGAGGUCCUUUGUCCCUGAAUUGCUCACACACUCCGGCAGAUUCAAUGGGGGUCUGGCGGCAGAUUUCUUUGACUUUAUCGUUGGAAAUGCAUCUGCUUUGAGUGUCGCAGGAUAUCCACACAUUCUUGCCAUCUCUGUCGUAGCAUAGCUUUCGUCGGUAAAGUGUGCGGAACAAACGUCCAAUUUCUUGCCACUUUCGCAUCUUUGGGCCACUGGUGCAACUUGAAUCCGUCCCUGUUCGUGUUGUUACACCCUCCGACAACACACCGACGAGGCAUGAUGUCUCCAAGGUACGGAAAACAGUCGAAAAAACGGAAAAUAACAGAGCUGAUUUGACUCGGUGUUUGAGAAAAUGGCGGAUUGCUUCCCGAUAUGACGUCACGUUGUGAGCGAAUAUUAGAAAGGCGUUUAAUUCGCCAAAAUUCACCCAUUUAGUGUUCGGAAAUCGGUUAAAAAAAUAUAUGGUCUUUUUUUUCUGCAACAUCAAGGUGAUAAUGUUCCCCUUUAAAUCAUCUGAAAGGUAGUUUCUGAUAUCUAAAAUUAAUCUACUGCUGCUCUUUGUCUAUAUGUUACAACAGGAGCGAGCGUAUAAAAUGUGAUUGCCGCUCUUUGUAAUUCGUAUUAGUAUUAUUUUGUACAAUCAGUCACCAAAGACUGCCGUGCCUUAUGGAUGUCCAUGUUUGUGAGACAACUACAUGAAAAGUGCCUUUACUGAUUUUAGCUUGCAUUAUGGCUUUUAAAUUCAUUACAGCAAUGUGUUUGUCAAAUAUUUGCAUAUUAUAAUAUCAUUUGGUUGGAGUUUUGCCAUGUUAUGUUUUGCUCCAUGUGCCUUUUAAACAGCAGUGUUUUUUCCCUUGUAUUUCUUUUAUUAGAGCACUUUCUGCGUGUGCGGCUGCCAUUACGUGUCAACAGUGCCAUCCAGUGGACGAUAACUGUAACAACACCUCUUCGUUUGUCGUCUGUUCAACUCAACAGAAAUAGUGGGCUUAGUUUUGUUGUGUUUUUUGCAAUAAUUUACACAAUGACGAUUAAAGAAACGGUACGUGUGA